AACGCGAGCCCAGGUUCUGUCCGAUGAAGUGCGGCAUUUGCAACAAUGGAGACGUAAUUUGAAAUCUGCCGGAUCUUUCAGCCAUCCCACACUAUAUGUUGAGGACACGCCCGCCGACCCAGACCAGGAGCCGGAGGUUGAACUCAACUAUAUCUCGCGACAGCCGAUCGAAAUUCUCCUGACUACCUUGCUGAAACUCCGAUACCACAAUGUCGUCAUCACUCUUCACCGAGCCUUCAUCCACUUUCCAAGCCACCCACUCAUUCCAAAAUCGAGUCCGCUCGCGGAUGCCCAUAGUGCUACCGCUCGUGGGGUUCAUGCUCGCAUACCCGUACUGCCAUAGGUGUCCCAGGGCCCGAAGAUAUAUUCGUCUGGCCUUGGAGAUAUUCGAUUCGGCGGGGAGCAACAGUGCCGCUACCGUUCGUGCAGCGGCCCUGACCGGUCAUUUAUCCGCCAAGGUGGACACCCUCUUGCGCAUUCUUAAUAUCGAUGACUCCCUGGUACCCAUGCGGAACUCGCAGGGGGGAGGGAGAUCAACAACGAUUGCAGCAGAACCAUGAUGGUAGUACUAUGACCCCAGCAGUCAACAGUCCAUUGCUACAAGACGAGAUACAGCAGCUCGUACCCUGUCUUCCAGAGCUAAGCAUAGAUUCCUUGUGGUCCUGGGCCGAUCUGACGAAUCUGGAGGCUUGGCCGAAUUAUUGUGAUGAGGUUGGCGAGGGUUUCACCGACCCAACAUAACUCUGUAUGCCGGAAGCACCAGUGUAUAUAAGAAGUACAGCAACUUUGACCUUUUCUCCCUCUGCCUCUGACCUGACCAGGGCGUAGAGUUGGGAGUAAGCGGGAAGAUUGGCGCUUUACCAGCGGGACAGGACGGUGCCUCCAAGAUAUCCCGAGGCCCCAGUGAGGAGAAUGUUGUAUGUCGACAUAUUGGAGAGGAA